UCCCGUUUCAACCUCAGCUCUCUCUCUCUCUCUCUCUCUCUCUGGAAUACACAGUAACACCCUCGUUACUCCUCGUUAAACCACCAAUUCAAUCGCGAUGGAUUUCCACAGCCUCAAGAGGAGAGAUCUCCAAGCCCUGUGCAAGAGGAACAAGAUCCCGGCAAACAUCACCAACGUCGCCAUGGCCGACGCUCUCACAGCUCUCGAUGUCGUCCAAGGGAUUGAAGAAUUCCUGAAUCCGUCCUCAGUUGAGUCACCAGAAAAGACGGUGAAAGCAUCGCCGUGUGUUCCUCGUACCGGUGGUAGAACAACUACUAGUCGAAAAUCAAUCAAGGAAGAAGCUGCAAGUGUCCAGAUUUCAACUCGGGCACGCAGGGGAACAAGAAAGGCAACCGCAGAAGAGGGGACACCUGGGAAUCAGAAGGAGGAGGUUUCGGUUCAGAAAAUGUACUCAAGGAGAUCCACGAGGUUGUUGGAGAAGAAAAUGAUGGAAUUGAACUUGAAUAAUGAGGAAAGGAUCGAACCGAUUGAUUUUGGAGGAUCUGAUAAGGAAAUGGCUAAUGAGAUGGAAGGGAAUGUGAAAAAGCAUUCUGAUGAUUUGGGUGGAGUAUUGGAGGAUCAGGGAUUGAAUCAAGAGACAAUAUCAGAUGAUCUUCCCAUGAAGAACGAUGAUUUAGAAGAUCUUUUGGACAAAAAGUCUGAUGAUUUGUCAGAGAAUGGAAGGGAACUGGAACAACCUUCUAAGGUACUUGAUGAAUCAGAUAUUGUUUUGGUUUCAGAAGAACACACAGUUGGGUUGACACCGGAAAUGGGUGAGGAUGUUGAUGAUGAAGUCAGUGACGCGAGCAAGGAUCAAAAAGAAGAUGAUGAUGGAGUGGGUUCAGAGGGAUAUGCUGACUCUGAUAUUCUGUCUGGAGAAAACUUGGAUAAAUCUCGAGAGUUGAAAGAUGAAGUCACAGAGAAAGAGGGUAGUGAUGAUUCUGGAUACAUUGCUACAGCCGAGUGCUUGGUGUCAGAGAACGCAGAAAGAGUGUUUAAUGCUGAAAAAGACUUGGGUUCAAAGGAUUCAGCUGAUAUUGUGGAGCCUGUUAAUGAUGUGGUGAGUGAAGAUUCAGGACAAAUGGAAUUGGGUACAUUGACUUUAAGUGUCUGUGCUGCUGCUGAAGAUCAGAAGCAGCAUAUUGAAUUGCAAAACCAGGUCCAAGGGAUGGGAGAGUUCUUGAAUCCGUCCUCUGUUGAGUCACCAGAAAAAACGGUGAAAGCAUCACCGUGUGUUCCUCGUACCGGUGGUAGAACAACUACUAGGCGAAAACCAAUCAAUGAAGAAGCUGAAAGCGUCCAGAUUUCGACUAGGGCGCGGAGGGGAACAAGAAGAGCAAUCGCAGAAGAGGAGGAGAAUGCAAAGAUUGAUGUUGCUUUGAGUUUACGGAAAAUGGAGACACCUGGGAAUCAGAAGGAGGAGGUUUCGGUUCAGAAAAUGUACUCACGGAGAUCGACAAGGUUGUCGGAGAAGAAAAUGAUGGAACUGAACUUGAAUGAUGAUGAAGGAAUGGAACCAAUUGAUUUUGGUUCUGAUGAGGAAAUGGCUGAUGAGAUGAAAGUGAGUGGGAAAGAGGAUUCUGAUGAUUUUGGUAGAGUAUCGGACAUUCAAGGAUUGAAUCAAGAGACUAAAACAGAUGACUUCUCGAAGAACGGUGAUUUGGAAGAUCUUAUGGUUGAAAAGUCUGAUGAUUUGUCAGAGAAUGCAAGAGAACUGGAACAACCUUUUGAAGUACUUGAUGAAUCAGGUAUUGUUUUGGUUUCAGAAGAAAACACAUUUAAGUUCACACCAGAAGGGGGUGAGGACGAUGCUAUCAAGGAUCAAAAUGCAGAUGAUGGAUUGGGUUCAGAGAGCUGUGCCGAAUCUGAUUUGCUGUCUGGAGAAAACUUGGAGAAAUCUCUAGAGUUGGAAGAUGAAGCCCCAGAGAAAGAGGCCGAGUGCUUGGUGCCAGAGGAAGGUGAACAAGGGUUUAAUGCUGAAAAGGACUUGGGUUUGAAAGAUUCAGAUGAUAUCAUGGACCCUGUUGAUGAUUUGGUGAGUGGAGGUUCAGGACAAGUUGAAUUCGAUACAUUGAAUUUGAGGGUGUCUGUAGCCGCUGAAGAUCAGAAGCAGGAUAUUGAAUUGCAAAACCAGGCCAUCAUAGAGUCUGAUGUGAUGAUGUUUGCGAAAGAUCCCGAAGAUGAAUUUGAUCACGCUGAAUAUUCAUUUGGUUCCAACCAGUUGAGGAAUGAAGAAGUAACUCAGGUGACUCCCAAAGGUGGAGAAGAAUCUGAUCAACUAGUUAUUUUUGAGGCCACCGCUAUCGAGUUGAGUAACGCAAAUGACUGCCCUCCAGUUACAGAUAGCCAAAUGAGUUCUUGCUCUGUGAUCUGUGAAAGUGAUGUCAGUGAUCAAGUCACUCCCCAAGAUGUUGCAAAUAUUGGCAAUCUUAUGGCUGUAAACCCAAGUACAUUUUCUUUCCCCUCGGAUAAGUCUUCCAGUGAUGAACUUCCAGUUGACAUGCCAUUCUCAACUUUGGCAGUUGAUCCACUUCCAGAACAGAUGUCAUCUAGUUUGCUCCAAUCAAAUUCAGACCGCGCCGUUUGUCCUGCUUCUGUAACACCGAGGAAGAAAUCUUCUAGUAAGACACCAACCACAAGCCGAAAGAUUAGUAUUCUUUUGGAUGAAAACAAGGAGAACAUUGACAACAAUGGGAGAAAUUUGGAUCUUACUAAAGAGAAGGGGAAGAAAGAGGAUUCGUUAAAUGAUAAAAGUCUGAGGCAGCUAAACAAGAUGCUCAAGGAGAACAUUGACAACAGCGAGAGAAAAUUGGAUCUUAUUAAAGAGAAGGGGAAGAAAGAGGAUUCGUUGAAUGAUAAAAGCAUGAGGCAGCUAACCAAGAUGCUCAAGGAAAAGCUGCAGAUUACGAGCAGAAAAAACAUCCAUGAAGAGAAGGAUAUUGCAAAGGUAGGAAGGGCGAGACCAGCUUUGCAAUCCCUGUCAGAGAAUCGUUUAGCGGCAAGUGAACCUGGAAAUGAAAUUUGAAGAGGUGUUGUUUAAACCAUUUCGUGUGGUUUUGAUCAGACAAAUGUUAGAUUGAGAGUGUCUGUCUUGUCAAACCUUGGUUUGCCUUGUUUUCCAUUUUGGAAGUGUCAUUUUGGUGUUUUCAUCAGCUGACGAUGGGAUUUAUAUAAUUGAGAGAUUUUGCAUGUUUAGUUGCUUA